AUGGACGACAUUACGUUCACUGGGUCAUCCUCUCAUGUCCCUCCUCCCCCUCCUGAGUCAGGUGCUCCGCCGCCCCCACCUCCACCUGAAUUCAUCCCUCCUCCACCACCCCCGGAUGAUGGUGUCCCUCCGCCUCCUCCAGAGGAUUAUCCUGAAGAUACGCCCCCAAGGCCCAAAAAGCAGAAGACUGGCUGGGGAGGCAAGAAGCGAGCGCCUAAGCCCGCAUAUCUGAUCCCAUCUCUGUCCAGUGUAGAUGAUGGUGCACUUCCGUCAGCUGCACUUUCGUCGGUUGCAUCUCCACCUGUACCACCGCCGUCCCAACACGAAUCAUGGGGGGAAGUACCAAGAGCCCUUUCCAGACGUGAGCGUGAAAAAAUUGCGCAAGCACGGCGAACAAAGCAAGUGCAGGAAAAGAAGGUCAAUUUCGAAAUUGGACCAGAGGAAGCGCUUGCACAAGCAGCACUUAUCAAAGAGCGUUACAUGGGCACAGAGAGGACCUCGACUUUCUCAGCCAAGAAAAAACGCAGCCGCGGUUCCCACCACAAGAAAUUUAAUUUUGAUUGGAAUGCUGACGAUGACACCAGCGCUAUCAAUGACCCCAAUCCGAUUCAGCGUCCUGGGACACUGGAUAUGCUCGGAGAUCAAGCUGAAGAGGAGCGGGUGCGCAAGUCUGCGGAGUUCAUAAGACAACACGACCCAGAAACUGGCGCCGCGCGUGCCAAGCUCAUGAUUGACAUGUACCACCAUCGUACUGAAGCAAUCAACAAGAAGACCCUGGAUAAUAGGCACUGGAGUGAAAAGAGACUGGAUGAAAUGCGUGAUCGCGACUGGCGUAUCUUCAAGGAGGACUUCAAUAUUGCUUCCAAGGGUAAUAACGUACCUCCCCCGAUGCGCUCAUGGGAGGAGAGUGGUCUGCCUCAACAGCUGCUUAACCUCGUGGAUCGGGUUGGAUACAAGGAUCCAACCCCCAUUCAGCGCGCCGCUAUUCCCAUUGCCCUCCAGUCUCACGAUCUCAUCGGCGUUGCUGUGACAGGUUCUGGCAAAACGGCAUCAUUCCUUCUUCCGCUCUUGGUAUACAUUCUGGACAUGCCACGAUUUGAUAUGGACGAGGGACGCAUAAAUGAUGGACCUUAUUCUCUUGUCCUAGCGCCAACCCGUGAGUUGGCCCAACAAAUAGAAGUUGAAGCCAGGAAGUUUUGCACCCCAUUAGGAUUCACGGUGGUCAGUCUCGUCGGCGGUAAACCCAUUGAAGAACAGGUUUACAGUCUGCGCAAUGGUGCAGAGAUCAUUAUCGCCACGCCUGGUCGUCUCGUCGAUCUUAUUGAGCGCCGUAUGUUGGUUCUGAGCCAGUGCAACUACGUCAUCAUGGAUGAAGCUGACCGCAUGAUUGAUAUGGGUUUCGAGGAACCUGUCAACACAAUUCUGAAUGCGAUUCCUUCCUCUAAUCUGAAGCCUGACAUGGGUGUAGCGGAAGACCGCGCGAUUCAACGACGCCGAGGUGGACCCCGUUAUCGUCAAACUAUGAUGUACACAGCCACCAUGAACCCGACUAUGGAGCGUAUUGCGCGCCAGUACUUACAGAGUCCAGCCAUCAUCACCAUCGGUGGUGUCGGUGAGGCAGUGGAGACUGUUGAGCAACGCGUAGAGUUUGUCAAAGGCGAAGAAGCACGAAAGAAAAGACUUAAUCAGAUCCUCAGUUCUGGAGAGUUCUUCCCCCCGGUCAUUGUUUUCGUCAAUGUCAAGAGCAUGGUUAAUACAGUUGCGAGUACUAUCAAAGAAAAGGGGUUUUCUGUGGCCCAGUUUUUCGGUUCCAAGACCCAGGCUGAGCGUGAAGCCGCCCUAGCCUCCGUUCGGAAUGGAUCAGUCCAAGUCCUGGUCGCUACUGACGUGGCCGGCCGUGGUAUUGAUGUACCUGACGUUUCCCUCGUGAUAAACUUCAACAUGCCUUCAACAAUCGAGACCUAUACUCACCGUAUCGGUCGUACCGGUCGUGCUGGCAAGAAGGGUGUCGCUAUCACAUUCCUCAGCAGCGAGGAUAGCGCUGUGCUGUACGAUCUCCGACAGAUGAUCGACAGAUCUCCCAUCUCGAAACUGCCCGAGGAGCUGAGAAAGCACGAAGAUGCCCAGUCGAGACGGCCCCUUGAGAAGAAUAAGACUGAUGAAUAUUCUGCCGGCAAUGGCGAAUGGCGAAAUGCAGGCAGGCAGGGACGGCGCGACUGA